AUGCUUCAUGCUGAAAGUAGAGUAAGGCUCUUGGAGUGUCAGGAUGAAAUUGAACCUUGUUCUAAAAAAAUGAAGUCAACAGAAGGGACUUACGAGAAACUCACUGAUGAUGAUAACCAAGGUAUUCAAGAGGAAGUGGAUGCUGAGAGAACAUCAGAUGAUUUGAUAUCAGUGUAUGCCUCAGAUAACCAAGGGCAACAUGAAAUGCAGAAGCAAGAGAAAAUACCUACUGGUGUCUUGGGAGCACUGAAUGAAGUGCUCCCUGAUUAUAAUCUAGUGCUUAGUCAGCCAGUUGAUUCAGAAACUGUGUGGAAUGUAAAUCUUCCAUUUGCAUCCAUAAAUGACACUAAAGUUGAAGAAAAGAAAGGCCCCACAAAUAGUAGUGGUGAAGAUAAUAUUAGAAAUGGCAGUACAUCAUUCUCAGUAAAUAGAAAUGCAUCAGAUGAAGAGUUUUUUACAAGUAAAGAAUUUAUCGGACCGAUUUACAAGCCUGCUAAAAGUGACAAACAGGACAAAUCUGGCAGUUGCAAUGAAUGUAGAAGCAGUGAGGGAGAUCAGAAUGAAUUGCCUGAGAACAGAGCUAAAAGAAAGGAGUCAGAGAAGAUGCAGACUAUUUCUUCUGCUGUACCAGAAAUAGAUGAUGAACUGGACCAGUUCUAUAAAGAAAUUCACCAGCUGGAAAAUGAAAAUUUAGAUUCUAAUUUUCAGGGAAAAGCAACUGAAACUUCUCAGGAACAAUACUCUCCGUAUAACUGUAGUCAAACCUCACAAGAGGAUUAUCAACGCAUAUUGUUGGGCAGCCCACAACCAUUUUAUGAGAAUGGACAGUGUUUCUUUGGGGAACAGAACAGUCAGAAAACAAGCAAUGAGCAGCAGUUUGUCAUGGAAACAAGUGGCUGGAAAACUGAAAAUACCUUUAAUGGACAAGUAGAUUUUAAAUAUUUUAACUACUCGGUGCCUGAAUUCAGACCUGCUUGGCAGUCAACAGAGUCUUUCAUAGUACCUCAGGGACCUCUUCCUUCUAGAUUCAACCAUCAAUCGAAUUUGCAGAUACUUACUUCCCCACCACAAAAAACAAAUGUUCUCCCUUCUCAGAGUGGUGGACUUCCUUACAAAAAUUAUCAUGGUUACCAUGGAAUUACUGAUACCAACAGUCACGGACCAUUGCUUGAUCAAAGUACCAACUAUGCUGGUCAUACUGAUAUCCAUACUACUCAGGUCUUCAGAAAUGGAAAUAAUGACCAGAAUGGACUCCAAAAUAAUGGUUUCUGUGAAACCAGAGAAGAGUGUUGGAAGGAUCCAAAAGCUGACAACACAGAAGGAAUGCACAGCUUUUCUUCCUUGCAGUUACCUGAAGAAAGAUUCGGUUGUUCACAGAAAUUGCUCCUUAUCUUAAGAGGCCUUCCUGGUUCAGGGAAAUCAACACUUUCUCGUAUUUUGCUUGGUCAAAGUCGUGAUGGCAUUGUAUUCAGCACCGAUGAUUAUUUUCGUCAACAAGAUGGAUAUGCAUAUAAUGCUGCUCAGCUUGGUGAUGCCCAUGACUGGAACCAGAAGAGAGCAAAGCAAGCAAUGGAGCAGGGAAAAUCUCCAGUUAUAAUAGACAACACUAAUACUCAAGCCUGGGAAAUGAAGCCAUAUGUGGAAGUGGCCCUAGAAAAGGGAUAUAAAGUGGAGUUCCAUGAGCCAGAUACUUGGUGGAAGUUUGAUCCUGAAGAAUUAGAAAAGAGGAAUAAGCAUGGGGUCACUCGUGAGAAGAUUGCUCAGAUGUUGGAACGAUAUGAAUAUCAAAUAUCCAUACCUAUUGUCAUGAAUUCAGUGGUACCUCCCCACAAAAACACUCAAAGGCCACCUCUGCAGCGAAGACAUAGGUGGGGAGGCAAUACAGACUCAUGGAAUUCUUUCAGUAUUUCCAGUAGCCGAUAACACAGUUGCAGUCAGUUAAUAAAAAUCUGUUUCUUGCCCUUCUAAAACACAUCAUCGCCUCCAAUAAAGUAGUGGAUCUUCUGUGUUUUAAAUAGGCCCAUUUCAAGACCAUUUUCUUCUGGAGGUUGUUCCUUUAAUGGACUUGCGUGUAAAUAAAAUUGUACAUUAAAUGUUUUUUAAAGCUAUAUUUAUUACAGUUGUAAUAACUUUGAUUUUAGUAAAAUAUUUAAUAUAGUAUGACAUAUAGCAGAGUCUUCCUUCAUAAACCUAAGACAAUGAUGUUGUCAUAUAUCAAGUAACUGUUGAGCAGUUUUUUUUAAAGAAGAGGUCAUAUUAGAUAUAUUUUAAAAGAGAAUUAAAGCCCCAGAAGAAGAGGUUAUUUAUGUAAUAACCAAUUUUAGUGAUUGUCAUUUAGUCGUCUUAUCUUUUAGGAGAUUUUUUUUAA